AGCCAGUUCGUUUUCAGUCUCCGAGCAGUCGUUCAAGGCGAAGGUUGUAGCAGCUUUUGGAUCUUCAGAUUCCUACACAGAUUCAUCGAUUCGACAUCGAUUUGUUCCGCAGACAGUCCAAAGUGCAGGCCAACAGCAAUUGCAAUAAAUUAUAGAUCAGCAAGAACAGCCAAAACAGACCAAAAUGGAGGGAAAAACUGUUAUUAUCACUGGCGCUAACAGCGGCAUUGGCAAGGAGACGGCCAAAGACUUGGCCGGACGUGGAGCCCGCAUCAUCAUGGCUUGCCGGAAUCUGGAGACUGCAAAUGCCGUCAAGGAUGAAAUUGUUAAGGAAACGAACAACAACAAAGUCAUUGUCAAGAAGCUGGAUCUGGGCUCCCAGAAAUCCGUUCGCGAGUUUGCCGCCGACAUUGUUAAGACAGAACCCAAGAUUGAUGUUCUGAUUCACAACGCCGGCAUGGCCUUGGCUUUCCGCGGACAGACUAGUGAGGACGGCGUUGAACUGACUAUGGCCACUAACCACUACGGCCCCUUCCUGCUGACCCACCUGCUGAUCGAUGUCCUGAAGAAGAGUGCCCCAGCUCGUAUCGUGAUUGUGGCCUCUGAGCUAUACCGUUUGUCCUCCGUCAAUUUGGCCAAGUUGAAUCCAAUUGGCACCUUCCCCGCUGCCUACUUGUACUAUGUGUCCAAGUUUGCCAACAUCUACUUCGCCCGGGAGCUGGCCAAGCGGCUGGAGGGCACCAAGGUGACCGUUAACUUCCUGCACCCCGGCAUGAUCGAUUCCGGCAUUUGGCGCAAUGUGCCCUUCCCCCUCAAUCUGCCCAUGAUGGCCAUUACUAAGGGUUUCUUCAAGACCACCAAAGCUGGAGCCCAGACCACCAUCUACCUGGCCACAUCGGACGAAGUGGCCAAUGUGUCUGGAAAGUACUACAUGGACUGCAGGGAGGCCACCUUGAAUGCCGCUGCUCUCGACGAGGAGAAGGGCCGCAAGAUCUGGGAGGAGUCCUUGAAGAUUGCCAAAAUCACACCCCAGGAUCCCAAAAUCUAGAAAAUCGCUUGCUUAUUACAUAAAAUUGAUUUGCUUUUCUUGUUAAUAAGGGGUAGUUUUUUAUAGUCUUAGUUUUUCAUCUCGAUAAAUAAAAUUUUUGUAUAAAUAUUGGA